UCGCGAGAUCUGCGGGAGCGCGAGGGACAAAGGCGGCGGCGCUGGGGGGCGUGGAGGGAACGUGGCGGGGCCGCGAUGGCGGCCGAAGAAGCGGAUGUGGACGUCGAGGGAGACGCGGUGGGCCUGGCCCCGCGCGGAGAAAACUACCUCGAUUCCUCGUGGAGGGCGGACGGCGGCCCCACGCCGUGGGCCCUGGACGGCACCAUCAGCGAGGAGAACAGGGUCGCCAUCGAGAAGAUGCUCCUGGAGGAACAGUACUACCUGUCUUCGAACAAAUCCGUCCCCGGUCGCCGCUGGCCAGCCCGGAGAGAAGGCGGCGGGAAACCCGCCAGGAGCGCAAUGAAGAAACCUGGAAAACCUGGGGCGGCCUCUCCCGUCAGACCAGCCGGCGGUACGGCCAAGUGGACGGCAGAGGAGAGAGACCUAUUUGAACACGGCCUGGCCACAUUCGGCCGGAGGUGGACGAAGAUCGCCAAGCUGAUCUCCGGCCGCACCGUCUUCCAAGUGAAGGGUUACGCUCGCCAGUACUUUAAGAAUAAGGCCAAGUUGGAAGGGCCCGGGAGAGAGGCCGCCGCCCCCGCUGCCGUGGGGGCGAAGGAGGGUCCGGCACGGGGACUGCCCGCCCUCAGGGGCCGCGCCGACCCCAACCUCAACGCCGUGAGGAUCGAGCAGCUGUCCGGCGACGAGGACGUGGACAUCACGGACGAGGCGGACGAGGGAGGCGGGGAGGCCGGGCCGCCGCCCCAAAACCCUCCGAGGGAGCCCCCAUUGCCUGACCCGCCGGGCGGCCCCUCUCCGGGGCCGGCCCAAGGGAACUCGCCCCCGCCCCCGGGGAGCCCGCCGAGCGCCGGCGACCCCGGGCCGGCCGAGCCCCGUCCACAGGAAGAGGGCCUGCGAGCCGGGAGCGGGCCGGCCGGGGCCCCGGGGCCUCCCGUUCCGGAACGGGAGACCGUCGGAGGCGAGGCGGCACGGCCGCCCCCGGACGUGGGAGCGGCGAUGGACCGGAGCGUCAUCCGGGAUGAGGAGAAGCGGGCUAUCCCCGAGUUUUUCGAGGGCCGCCACGCCAAAACCCCUGAGCGCUAUCUGAAGAUUCGGAAUUAUAUUUUGGAUCAGUGGGAGAGGAGCAAGCCCCGCUACCUGAACAAGACGUCGGUGCGGCCCGGCCUGAAGAGCUGCGGGGACGUCAACUGCAUCGGGAGGAUCCACGCUUACCUGGAGUCCGUCGGCGCCAUCAAUCGCGGCUGUGACCAGGCCGGGAACCCCCGCGCCCAGCCCGGGUCCGCAGCGCGGCCCCGACUCGGCCGGGACCCGGAGGGAUCGCCGCGCCUGGCCCAGCGCCUCCAGUCCAUGCGUGCUCGGCGGCGGCGGGUCCGGGACCCCGGGGGGACCUGGUGUGACGCCCGGGACCUCGAAGGACAAACGUUCGAGCAUCUGUCGGCCGAGGAGUGGGCCCGGAGGCGGGAAGACGGCCAGGAGGAGGACGAGGAGGAAGAGCAGGCGGCCGGUCGGGCCAGGACGCCCAAGGGAUCGAGAGCGACAAAGAGCGCCUUCGACCCCUUCCAGCUCAUCCCCUGCAGCUCCUUCACGGCGGAGAAGCCGGAGCCGUUCCAGGUGAAGGUGGCCUGCGAGGCGCUGCUGGUCAUGGACCUGCACGCUCACACGUCCAUGGCCGAGGUCAUCGGGCUCCUGGGGGGCCGGUUCUCGGAAGCGGACCGGCUGCUGGAGAUCUGCACCGCGGAGCCCUGCAGCAGCCUGAGCACUGGCCUCCAGUGCGAGAUGGACCCCGUGUCCCAGACGCAGGCCUCGGAGGCGCUGGCCGCCCGGGGCUACUCCGUCAUCGGCUGGUACCACUCCCACCCCGCCUUCGACCCCAACCCUUCCCUGCGGGACAUCGACACCCAGGCCAAGUACCAGAGUUAUUUCUCCAGGGGAGGAGCCAUGUUUGUCGGGGUGAUCGUCAGCCCCUACAACCGCAACAACCCGCUGCCCUACUCCCAGGUCACCUGUCUGGUCAUCAGCGACGAGACCAGUCCGGACGGCUCCUACCGUCUGCCCUACCAGUUUGCGAUGCAGCAGAUGCCGGAAGAGCCGCGUUGGGAGCUGCUAUUCCAGAAGACCAGGUGGAUAAUAGAGAAAUACCGGCUGUCCCGCAGCGGCGUGCCCAUGGGCAAGAUUUUCCACCGGGCGUCCGACCUCACCUGCCUGCAGAAGCUGCUGGCGAGCCUGCGGAAGACGCUGGGAGAGCUGCCCCGCCGCUUCCUGGCGGAGGAGUUUCUGAGCCGCGUCCAGAGCUUGUUCCUGGCCGCUUCCUGGGCCGAGCCGGUCGCCCCACCCGCCCGAGGAAGCCGCCCCGGGAGCACCCCCCCGGCAAGGAGCGGCCAGAGCACCCGGGGGCCGCGGGCCGGCCGGCCCGGUGCUGGGAAGGGAGCCGGAGCCUCCCGCCCUCGGGUGACCAGGCGGCCCGCGGCCUCCACCGGGAACGGCCGCCCGCGGGCAACCCCGGAUGCUCGGUGGCGAGGCCGCUCCGUCCGGUCCCCGGCCUGGGAGACGUGGGAAGCGGCCUGGGGGAGCCGACCCGACGUCCGACGUCCGCCAAGGAUGCCGGGAGAUUCCGGGGAUCCCUCGAGUCGGACCGGCCGUGGCCGGGCCCGUCACCUCCCCGGGCCUCCGUCUUUUCCGGGAGAUUGGAAGCCCGCUCUCCAACCCCUUAAGCUGGGGGCCUCCGGGGCCGUCCCGUCGGAUGACCAUUCAGUGACCUCGGUGCUCAGCACGGUGCUCGGCCAACACCACAGCCGUCAUGAUCAUUGUCCCCCAGCCCCUGGUUCAGCUCCGCUCCACUUUCGGCCCGCGUUUUCCCGCCCCCGCCGGGAGAGCCGGUGAAGUCAGCGGUCACCAGGCCCCGCCGAGGGGCGAGGGUCGGGACGGGCGAGGUCCCCGUGACCCCGGAGGAUUCGGGUCCGGGGCUGGCCAUGUGGCCGUCCUCCCUCGGCCGGGACUCCCGGGCCGAGCGGGUCCCGUCCCUAGGCGCCGCCCGAC